AUGGCGCUGUGCAGGUGGUGCGACACCGAGGCGCCCACGGGCGGCUCCCACCUCGCGGCGUGCGUCGGGGCCGCCCGCGCUGCCCAGAGCGCAUCCGCAGGCAUCCCGUGGGAGGUGGAGGUUCUCAGUGUGCGGGUGCCGGCCGUUCCCGCGGCCCCCGUGCUCGAGUGCCCCUGGCCCGGGCAGGUCGAGCUCCGCGGGGCGGCGCCCCAGGUGGAGGCCAGCGCCCGGGCGUGCAAGUUCGAGGCGGCGGGCAUGCGCUGGGUGCCGAGCAGCGGCUCCCAGACGCGGGUGGCGGUGAGGACCACCAGCGUGGGGAAGACCACGUUCGUGCUCGACGACAAGGAGUUGCCGCUGUCCGACGUGCGGACGGUGGCGCCGUUGUCCGCGGUGUUCGUCACCAUGGAGGUCCGGGAGAUAGGGCACAUCGGCCUGCAGUUUGACUCCGAGUCCAGCGCGAAGGGCGUUGUCGACGAGCUGACGAAGAGAAAGCAGAACUACGAGCGCUUCGAGCAGUACGACCAGAACAGCGUGCAGAGCUACUUCCAAUAUUACGCAAAACUCAGCAACCAGCAGAACAUGCUACAGGACAGCGUUCGCACGAGCAUCUACCAGAGAGCCAUCGUAGAGAACCCAGACGACUUCAAAGGCAAGGUCGCGAUGGACAUCGGUGCCGGCAGUGGCAUUCUCUCGUUCUUCGCGUGCCAGGCUGGAGCCUCGACCGUUUACGCCGUCGAGGCAUCUUCGAUGGGCGAGGUGGUUCGGCUGCUGGCGGAUGCGAACGCCAGCGUUUUUCCGGGCUCCAUUGUCGAGGUUCUCAACAAGUUUCUCGAGACUAUCGCGGACUCCGAGAUCCAGGGUAAAGUAGACGUGCUCGUGUCUGAGCCCAUCGGCACGUUCCUUUUUAACGAGAGGAUGAUCGAGACGUACCUCUGCGCGCGCGACCGCUUCCUCAAGCCGGGAGGCAAAAUGUUCCCGAAUGUUGGGAAUUUGAGUAUCGCUCCGUUUUCCGAUGCUAUGUUGCACCACGAGACGCAGAAAAAAAACGAGUUUUGGAAGAACGAUAACUUCUAUGGCCUGAACCUGAAUGCCGCCGUGAAUCGAUGUACCGACGAGCAUUUUCGUCAGCCCGUCGUCGAUUACAUCAAUCCGGAUUGCCUUGUGGCAAAAUACCAGACUACAAGGUUUGAUUUCAUGACCAUCAGUAUCGAGUCGUUGCAGAAGUUCGAGAUGCCCUUCGAUUUUGAGAUUAACCAGCCAUGCUUGGUCCAUGGCAUGGCUGGCUGGUUCGACGCGGUCUUCGAGGGCUCCAACGCCACUGUGGUGCUCGACACCGCUCCGUGGUGUCCAGGAACCCACUGGUACCAAAUCCGCUUCCCUCUUGGGACUCCUCUCGCGGUCAACGCAGGCCAACACAUCGUGGGCACCUUAGUAAUGGAGGCCAACAACCUGCAGUCGUAUUACGUGAAGCUCCGCAUGCAGAUCAAGGGGACCGACAUUGUUGUCGAGGCCCCCUGCAUAGACCUGAAGGACCCCGAGUACCGAUUCUACACCUCCGCGAGCGCCUACUGCCCGCCGGGGACCCAGGGAGUAUUUGGGCAGCAGGCCCCGCCAGCGGGGAACGCUGGCGCCCAGCAGGCCUACCAGCAGGCGCACUACGCCCAGUCGCAGCAGGUGCCGCCGAGCGGCGGUGCGCUGCAGGGCGCGCCCGCCGCCAGCAGCUGGCAGUGCCAGGCCGAGUUUGGCGCCGCCCAGGAGGGGCCGCCGCAGUGCUGGGGCGAGCAGCCGUCCGCGGGCGGCGUCGCCGCGCAGGGCAGCAGCACGAGGGCGCGCAAGGGCGACUCUGGCGCGGCCUGUGGCUCGCCGGCGACGGGACCCAGGAAGGCGGCGCGGCAGCACGCGACGGUCUCGCCGGGCCACUGCCAGCUGCCCUCCGCCGGACUGGCGUGA